AUGAAAGAUGAAGAUGAAUUGGUAAUGAGAAGCCAAGUACAGAGGACAGGAGAAAAAGAAAUGCUGCAGACGAGAGCCAUGGAAGGUUGGAUAAUAACAUGCUUUUGGAACCAUAAAAGACCCCAUACUCGUCCCAAGGAUGCCCUGAAUCAUGAAAUAUUCCUACCAUUUGAUCACGCCUCAUCAGUCAUCACCACCUUCAGAGAAAUGGUACAGGACUUUUAUUCCGAUUUAACUGCUUCAAAAUCCACAGAAAAGUCUUCCAUUCAAAGGUUUUUCAGGCCAACCAAACCCCAUUCUAAAACUCAUGCAUAA